UUCAGCUUCAGCUUCUAAUGCAGUUCAGACUACAUCCAGAAGAUUACUUAUUUGAAAAUAUCCUUUUUAGAGACUCCUCAGUGGCAUCUUUCCUUACAAUAUGACAGCUACAAUUGAGUUAAGCAACAAUGCUUUGCACAGACUUUGCCAGAGCUACCACAAGUACAAUGAGUUCAAACAGCCACGUACACUAGAGGUUCUCAGUUAUGAGCAUUCAGCCAACGCAGACACCGUCACUGGUUUUCUGGGUCGCCACCAAUUCCUCACGCUUAAAGUGCGUCGAAUUGAUGCCGAAGGAAAGGAGCAUUUGGAAAAAGUACGUUUUUUCACCAAAUCUCCACCAUUGGAAUUGGCAUCUCGUAUGGAGUAUGUAGAAGAGUUUGGCGUUUUCAAAAAAGAGGUUAGUGUAUACCGCCAGUUAUUGCCUCAAUUGCAAAAAAUUAUUCCACAUGUGGCUCCUAAUUGCUACUACGCUGACGAGCGCCUACUUGUCUUCGAACAUCUUGCGGAUCAGAAAUUCCGCAUGGCCGCCGGUCGUGACGGCAUUCUCAACUAUGAUCACCUACAUUGUGUGUUGAAAACACUUGCAGCGCUGCAUGCCAGUUCCAUAAUCUAUGAAGUGCGUUGUGGACGUAAGUUGAAUGAGCUACAUCCCGAGGCUGUGGUGGAGAACUCUUAUCCGUUGGGCAUUCCGGAGACUCACGUGCGUAAACAAAAUUUCAAUAAUGCAAAUCGAGUAUUUGCGGAACUGAUAAAAUUACUGCCGAAAUAUCAAAAGAAUUUGGACUAUAUCUUAAAGGAGUUUCCGAAACGCAUGGCGGUGAUCUUCGAAUUGGCACAGACGUCGGACAAAUAUCGAAACGUAUUCUGUCAUGGCGACCUGUGGGCAAACAAUGUCAUGUUUCAGUAUAGCAAAUCUAGUAAGACGCCCAUACAGUGCCGUGUGGUAGACUUUCAGCUUUGCCGUUAUGCACCGCCCAUGUUAGAUGUGAUAACAAUACUCACCAUACCGACAAGCAGUAGCUUCCGAAAGCAAUAUUUAACUGAAUUACUCGAUGACUACUAUAGUUUUCUGUCCAAAUUCAUGGAGCGGGAGCGUCUCAACAUUGAAGACUACUUAGCGCGCCAAGAGUUCAAUGAGACGGCAGACAAAUUUCGCAUUGUUGGACUUAUUGAGAGUCUACUUUUCUCUCACUUGACGGAUCUGCCAACAGAACUGGCAGAAGCUGUAACCUCGUCGGCGAACGGGUUCACCGAUUUCUUUGAUGCCAAACGUGUGGAGAUGUGUUUGGAAGCUUUUCGCACCGAUGACGUAUAUCGGGAAAGAAUCACGGACAUGCUGGAAGAUUUUGUAGAUAAUUUUGUGUUAAACAACCAACAUUAAUAUUUGUGACUGUGCAGCGGAAAGAAAGUUAUAGUUUCAAUAAUAUAUAUAGAUUUAAA